UGUGUGUGUGUGUGUGUGUGUGUGUGUGUUUGAGAAAGAGAAAGGAGGGGUGGGAGGACGAGAGCAGGGAACGGUGAGAAUUCAUGCUGUGUUAGCAUCCCCUCAGCAACUCAAUCAAUACUGCAUACAGCUGAGGAACUGGCAAAGGUCCUCCGUGCUGCAUUUGCAGGCUCAGCCAGGGAAAGAGAGCAACUCCCACGACCGGUCGGCUCAGUCUGCUGCUGGAGGGGGGCUCUGUGAGGGGCAGAGCGCGCACACUCACACACUCACACACUCACUAGAGCCUCUGCUGCAUCAAGAGGCAGAAGAGGAGAGCGGAGGAGGGUGCAGAAGGACGCGCAGACUGGGAACACUCCAGUGGACAGAGCCAAUCCCGGAGAGGGACAGGAUUGUUAGGAGACUCAUGUGCUAAUAUGCUGCCGUGCUCCGCAGGGGAAGCUGAGCACCAGGGAGUUUGACAGGAUCUCAGUGCACCUGCUCCAUGCACACCGAUUAUGUGGAGGAGCUGACGUGUGCGAUGGACAGCCUGGACCUGCAGGUUCUCAUACACACAGUUCUGUGUUAUUGUCACCUCCCAACCAAGCAGCCCAGCCCGAGGAUCUGACCGCGCCUCCCCUCCCUCUCCCCCCUCCCUCCCUCUCCCUGGGUGUCCCUCAAUCUUGGGCCCACCAUGGGAGGAUGCUUCUCCAAACCCAAACCAGUUGAAGUUAAAGUGGAACUCUCUCUCCUGGAAAAAGAAAAAGAGGUGGACGGGCUGUCACCUAAUGGCAAAGCGAGUCCCUUUGCUGACUGCAGACCUAACGGGGCCCUGGGACACGGCUCUGAUGACGACUGUACCCCGCCCCCCCUCUACCACAAACCACGGGACUAUGUGGAAGCCUCUGUCUGUCAUGUUAAAGAUCUGGAAAACGGACAGAUGCGAGAGGUUGACUUGGGAAGUGGCAGAGCUUUGUUGAUCAAAGAACAUGGGGAGUUCUCAGCCAUGGCCCACAAGUGUCCACACUACGGAGCACCCCUGGUCAAAGGUGUGUUAUCAAAAGGACACGUGCGCUGUCCCUGGCAUGGGGCGUGUUUCAACAUUGCAACAGGAGACCUGGAGGACUUCCCUGGGCUGGACAGCCUGCCUACCUUCCAGGUCCGAGUUGAAAAGGACAAGGUGAUCAUUCGUGCAAACAAGCAGGCUCUUCAGUCGCAGAAAAGGUCGAAGCCCAUGGCCCGAUGUUCAGCAGUCAUUAACUCCAGCACGGGCUUCAGCCAUGUUCUCAUCAUUGGCUCAGGUCCAGCAGGUCUGGUGUGUGCAGAGACACUAAGGCAAGAGGGCUUCACCGAUCGCAUCGUCAUGUGCACCAUGGACAGACAUCCUCCAUAUGACAGGCCUAAACUGAGUAAGUCUUUAGACAGCACAGCAGAGCAGCUGAGAUUGCGCUCCAUGGACUUCCUACAGGACCAUGACAUUGAACUGCUCACAGAGAAAGAGGCUGUGGCCAUAGAUGUGAAAACACGAUCUGUGACCUUUGAAGAUGGCUUGAGGAUGGAGUACAGGAAACUCUUUAUUGCUACAGGAAGCAAACCCAAACCAAUGAACUACAAAGGCAAUGAUGUCAGGAACGUGUUUCAUCUCCAAACGCCUGAGGACGCUAACAGCAUAGCGAGGCUGGCCAACAACAAGAACGCAGUGAUUGUGGGAACAUCAUUUGUUGGUAUGGAAGUGGCUGCAGCUCUAACUGACAAGGCCCACUCGGUCUCUGUCAUUGGGAUCGAGUCAGUCCCCUUUAAAAAAGCUCUCGGGGAGAAAGUAGGGAAAGCCAUAAUGAAGCUGUUUGAGGUAAACAGGGUGAAGUUCUACAUGCUGAACGAGGUGUCAGAGAUGAUUGGCCAUCAUGGACAGCUGAAAGAGGUGGUACUGAAGAGUGGAAAAGUCCUGCGGGCAGACGUGUGUGUCAUCGGAGCAGGAAGUAUUCCUGCAACAGGCUUCCUGAAACAAAGCGGCAUCCACAUGGACUCCAAGGGCUUCAUCACUGUUAACAAGAUGAUGCAGACAAAUGCUGAUGGGGUUUUUGCUGGGGGAGAUGUGGUGAUCUUUCCUUUCCCGCCACGCAACAACAAGAAGGUGAACAUCCCUCACUGGCAAAUGGCUCAUGUACACGGAAGGGUGGCAGCUCUCAGCAUGAUGGGCAGAGCCACUGAGAUCAAAACUGUGCCUUACUUCUGGUCAGCCAUGUUUGGGAAGACCAUACGCUAUGCAGGUUAUGGUGAUGGAUUUGAUGAUGUCAUUAUACAAGGAGAUCUGGAUGAACUGAGAUUUGUGGCUUUUUACGCCAGGAGUGAGGAGGUGGUUGCUGUUGCCAGCAUGAACUAUGAUCCCAUUGUGUCCAGAGUGGCAGAGGUCUUAGGAUCUGGAAAGACGAUUAAGAAACGAGAUGUGGAGAUGUUAGCACGGAUGGGCAAGACUGGAGACAUUUCUUGGUUGAUUGACAAAGGCUCUCAAUGACUUCACAUCUGAAGGUCACAAGGACAGACCCAAAGUCCACCUCAACAUGGACAUUUAUGGUGCUGAGACACUGAGCAGCUAUCCUGGUCUGGACACACACACACACACACACACACACACACACAAACACACACACACUGGAGGCAAGACUGUUGGAGACACACUUCCUUGAGGAUGACACUGAAACUUGCUUUUGUUCCUGAGAGACACUUUAACGUGACAAACGGAGCCAUGAGCGGUCUGGACACACUGAAUCACUGUCUCGGAAGGUCUUUUAUGACAAUGUUGUCAUGUUUCACAACAAAGCAAUAUUGGAUUCAGCCUCUGCGCUGCUGCAAGUUGUAUCUACCUGUACACUUUGUUUAUAAAAAGCCAGCGAUGGGCAUUGGGUUUUUUUUGUACAAAUAACAUUGUAUAUAGCUAUAAUCCUGAAUGCACUGUAACAAAAUAAGAACAUACAAUUUGAACUGAAUUUUUUUAAGUUUUAAAUAACAGAUUUGGUUGUAUGCUCGCAUACAGGCCUUAGAUCUGCAUGGUAUAAUUUACUAUAACAGGAGUUCAAAAAAAUAACGCCCUAAACAGAGAGUUUUCAAUGUAGAUGCAUCAGCAAACAAAGCUUAAAUCUGCUAAAAACAAACUGCAAAAUCACUUGCAGCAGAACCCUGAAUGCAGCUUUUAACUGACUCACUAACACACACACACACACACACACACACACACACACACACACACACACACACACACACACACACACACACACAGCAGCUUUAAUUCAUAAAAUUUGUAGGAUUACAACAUACCUCUUUGUAUCGGUUGCCUUGCUAGUAGAUUGCACAAAUGAAAUUCUAAUCAGACUUUAAUCACACACUAGUGCUUGCACAGUAGAAUAAUGUAUUUUCUAAUAAACAGAUAUCACCCCUUUAGACAAAUCCUACAGUAGCUUAAGGUUAUUUUUGAUAGCGGUCACCUCCAUUGGGAUAUUCUUUGUUACUAACUCAGGGAACUGAGGUUUGUAGCCUGGGCUUACUGGGGUUACUCGUCUUUUUGCAAGAAAUUAAUUUGUUGCUUUAAUAUUUUCCCCCCAGUUAUUGUAAUUUCACAGAUUCUCUCAUUUUCAUUCAGAACUGCUUGUAAUGGGUAUAAAGCGGAUGCUUGAUUACAUCCUGGUGUGUUGAUGAUCCCAAAACACUUGAGCCCUGACACACAAGUCAACACAGUUUGACAGCUUAAAAAGCAUUGUUCUUCCUACAGAGAAUCCUGGGAUGGCAUUUUUAUAACUAAACUUUGAAAUAAAAGUCUUCCAACAGUAA